GUUAUGCUAUAUGUGGCUCUUGUAGCCAUUUCUCUUGAUGGCUCCUUAAUGGCUACCAUUGAUGUGACAAUUCCUGAAGAAAAAUUAGGGGGUUUGGUUUGUCUAAAAUACUGGACUCGUGGUUCCCUAGUGGCAGAGUACUUAUUAUCCACUGUCAUAUAUGAGCCUCACAGUGAUGCUCAAGUUUCAUCUCUUGCAUUUCGCCCUGGACACAACAUGGCUGUCACAUCAUCUUAUGGUGGUGAUUUUAAGGUUUGGGUUCAUGGUUCUCAUGCCGACAGAAAUAAUGAAUCAAUCCAGAGAACUGGUUGGAGAUGCCAAUCUGUUGGUUCAUACAAGUAUUAA